GGGAAAGCUCGGUUUCAGCGAGAGUGUUUUGAGUUCGCUCAAGUGUUUGAUAAGCAAUGGAAAAAAUCACUGAGAAACUUUUACUGGAGAAAGCCUCUCCAAAAGCCAACAAACUGGAGCAAAUCAUGACUUUGAAUCUGUCUAAGAUGAGGUUGAAGCUUCAGGAUCUACCUGUCAAGCUGCUGUCCCGUCUCCAGUCUCUGGAGAAGUUGGAUCUUUCUGGAAACAUGCUGCAGGAGUUUCCCAAGAACCUGGAGCUUCCUGCUCUUCGUUUCCUGGACCUGAGCGACAACCAGAUCGAGGACGUUACCACUCUGGACUCGCUAAGCAACGUAGAAGAGCUGAGGAUGGAUGGCAACCUCUACAUCACUGCGAGUGACAAUUACAAGGUGAUGGUGUUGCUGCCCAAUCUGAGGAUUUACAACGGUAAAGAUGUCAGUACUACUGCCAACCGCUACCGUUAUGUUUACAGUGAUAAUCUGAGGACCAGGAUUGCUGCUCUUUGGGAGAAUAGCUUCUGCCUCCCCAAUCCCAUCACAGCAGAGAAAAUGGAUGCCUUGGAGAGCAAGUUUGUCAGCACUGCUUGUCAUCAAGUUAAAUUUGGGCCCAAUUCAGUCAGUGACUUCACCAAGUGGAGGGUGGGAAUAUUAGCUAAGGAGUAUCUUCUCUCACUGACAGAACCGAAGAAAGAAGUUGAUAGCACGGAGACUACAGGCACUCAAAAUAACUCUGAUGUCUCAAAGCCUGCGAAGAGGAAACAAACUGAAUCAGUUAUAGACACCAGCAUAAGACUGAGGCCUCACAAAAAGCCUUGCACAGAUCCCGCAGCCUCUGCAGCCGAAGACAGUCCACGCCAGUUGAGAUUCCGCCUCAAGCCUCAGACACAAAAUCCAAUCAACACAAUCAGGAAUGUCCCCAGGAAGACAAGUCGGCCUCCCGUUACCCCGAGCAGGGGAGAGAGGAGGUCAGAGACACCCAAGAGAAGUUCUAAAGAGCAACAAACCAACGAGGAUGAUGCUCAGAAGAAACAGAAGGAAAGUUCGGGCAAAAAGGAUUCACGGAGAGAUGCUGACACGCUGCAAACAGUAGAAACUCGCAGCGACACACAGUCGGUGCGUCUCAAGCCGCUCCAUGUUCUUCAGUGCCACAGCAAACAGGACAGCUUAGAGGACUUCUCCACCCAGCUGUGGGCCUGUGCUUUCCAGCCACUGCCUGAUUCUGCUGGCAACGCUGGAGGAAGUCGUUUGGUCGCUACUUGUGGAGGAGACUCUAUCUGUUUGAUUGACUGUGAAAUGGGGAUGGUGAUGAAAAAGUACAAAGUUCCCGGGGAGGAGUUCUUCUCCCUGGCCUGGUCCACAGUGCUGAUGUCCAGAGGAGGCAAUGCUUCAGCGCAGCACUGCAGCAUUCUUGCAGCCGGUGGGAAGAGAGGAAUAGUCAAACUGAUUCAUCCCAGAAACAACGUGGCCUACGGAGAGUUCAGAGCCAGCCGAAAGGCGCUGUCUGUCCUCCGUUUUAACCACCAGCAGGGAAACUUCCUCUUCACGGGAUCGUACGACAACAAGAUCUUGAUGUGGGAUAUCGGCGGGGUGGACAGCCAGUACAACUUCAAAGUUGUUCAGCUGCUGGUAUUAGAAAUCGGUACCACCCCUCUGCACAUCUGCUUGCCCCCCACUGCUCCCAGUGCACACCUACUGACUGCCUGUGAGGACGGCUUGCACUGCUACAACACACAGCUCGGUGCCAACAACACCACUAAGAGGUCAAAGGAAAUGGAGAUAACUUUCCCCAUAUAUAAGAAGGAAGACAAAGACCAUGACUACCACACCGUGGACGGCCUGAGUUUUCUUAAUGAUGACAUAGUGGCAUCCAAGAACUACCUGUAUGGUUGCAUUUACCUGUGGAGCUGGAGCAGGACCAAGGUUCAGCGGCCUGACAAGAAGAGCAAAGCAGUGCGUGCUGUGGUUCUGGCUGAGCUGCAGUGGGCCAACACUGAGAUUCCCUACCUGGCUCUCAACACCUGUCCUGGUCAAGCCUACAUGGUGUGCGGUGAUGACAAAGGCAAGAUAUGGACAUACCACAUCCCCAACCUCCAGAAAAACAGUUUCCACACUGGGAAACCCAUACUGCCCACUGAGGUGUUGGAGUGGCCGACCCCAGUUAAGAACGGCCACGGCAAGGUAGAAGGCCCCUCCAUCAACAGCGUAGCCAUGGACCCUGAACUACGCUAUCUAGUUGCCCUUAGUGACAAGAAUAUGGUGAUAGUGUGGAAGAGAGAGGAGUCGCCCUGAGCAACCAUGGACUGCACAGCCAUAAAGAAUCUGAGUGUGCCCCAUUACUGAAAAUGUGCACAUUCAUAAUUUGCGAGUGUUGAUGCUACAUCAGCAUCUAAAAGCUUCACAGACUGAAGAACAAAAGAACUCUGUUAUUUUUUUUACACAAUAGUGUAUUAUGUGGAGUUUAAACAUAAAACUGUAAUUUGCAGAUGUUUUUGUUUUUACUUAAAGUUGCUGCUGUUAUAAGUUAUAGGCGAUCAUAGCUAGGUGACUUUGACUGUGACAGAAUUAUCUUUUGAUUUGUCCAGAAUGGACAAAAACGGCUCCAUUUAGAUCUACAUGGUUACAAUAAUGAACCGUGGACUUCAAAAUUCAGCUGAUGACUGAAUUUGUUUUCUUGUUUCUACUCCCUGGCACAGUUUCACAGUUUGGAUGUCCAAAGUUUACUUCAGUGUAAAAGUACAAGCGAGCCCAACAUUAACAAAGCCAUUUAGCUGGUUUAAGUUUAACUUGAAUUAGUUAAAGCUUUGUUAAACUUUUUUUUAGCAGAUCUGUGUGUUCUGUCAGAACGGUCACGCGUUCGUGUCAAUGAAUUAUUCCUAACUUUAAUGAUGUGUUGUGGUAAGGUCUCACCCCUCCAUCACCCUUGUUUCCACCAGUAAGGAUCUGGUUUUAGCAGAAAAAGCUGUCCUAGCACACAGCAGAUUGUGACUCCACAUAAUAAGACUGCUCAGUGUCUGCAGGAUGUUUUAAGGGCUACAGUUUAUCCACAUUUUCACUAUAACAAACUUCAUGUUUCACAUUAAAUUGGUUCAUUCAGAUUUAAGCCGUCAGAGUCUGCGGCUUGUUUCUUUUUUGAAACAUAUGCUUUGUUGAUAAGUAUAGUUUUUGAAUGUGAAUGAUUGAGGCUUUUAUUUUCCCGUGCUACUUUUUAAUGAUCAGAAAACACUGAAGAGUGAAAAUGCUGCAACAUUUACUUUUC